AUGCCCCGUGAUGUUCAGGGCCCAGUGCUUGGUCUUACAGGAGUUCCAGAUGUCACAGGCAGUGUUUCUUCGUCCCAAACCCUAAGUCAGUCCUAUUUUGGUCAGGAAGGAAUGUUGAUGCUGCCUGCUCCAGGUGUACCUUUCGCAGCUUCAGCUUCUGCUGUCAUACCAUCUAGCUCAUCCAAAGGAAAGGAAAAGGUUGUUGACUCAGUGUCGCCUGGAGGGACGAAUCCAACAUUCCAGGUUGGCCAGGUUGCAGGGUUGCCUCUCAGUUCAUCUCAAGUUCCUUUGGCAAUCAAGGAAAAUGCUGUUGUGUCCGACGUGAUUUCGCCAAAUUUACGGCCUCCUGUUUCAUCUAUUGCACCUUUGCUUUCUGUUGCUGAUGUGAAAGGAAAAGGAACAGGUCCAGGGGCGACUGUUGUGGCAGCUCCUUUUACCAUUGCAGAUCCUUUGAAGGUCUCUAAUAUCCAAUCAGUUGGUGCUAUGAAAGGUGCAGUGGGGACUCCUGGAACUCGGAGUGAUGGUAUGGAUGUGAUGAGUUCUACUAGCCAGGGAGUACAUGGAUUGUCAUCCAUUGCUGGGCUGGGUUUUGAAACUCCUCAGAGUAAAAUCAGCAAGUCAUCUUCGGCAGUUUCGCCUUUGUCUUCAAGGAGUCUGCAGGAUGAUGAGCAAACAGAAAGUUCGUCCCCUUUUUCGCUUGCUGACCAAGAUUCACACCAGGCACCUGGGAAGCCUUCUGCUGCUAAGCGUCGCCUGUAUGAAUCUUAG